AUGGCUUCUAAGAGUCAAGUAUCCAUUGCUCUCUUACUGUCCCUUAACUUGGUGUUCUUCACUGUGGCAAGUUCUACUUGCCACAAUGGCAUUUGCCCACCACCACCAUUACCCUUCACCUGCCAAUUCCUCUUGGGUCUAGCUGAUCUUGAUGCUGCCGUAUGCAUUUGCGCUGCCCUUAAAAGUACCUUUAAUCUUAUCAAUAAGUUUGGAACGGUUAAUGGCCCAUCUUGUGUCAUUAACAAGAAUCAUUACUAA